AUGCCCUCACUUGUGGGCCCCUUUGUCCGCUGUGGGUUCAGCGCUACGCUCCUUGUGCUCGGGCUCGUCUUCGCCGGCUUCACCUGCACUGGGUCCGAGCACGCCACAGCAACACUUCCUGCCGCCUUCUCGGACCUGUUACCUCACUUCCUGGUGGAGCCAGAGGACGAGUUUAUCGUGAAGAACAAGCCGGUGACACUGAAAUGCCGCUCCACCCCGGCCACGCAGAUCUACUUCAAGUGCAACGGCGAGUGGGUUCAUCAGGACGACCACUUGAUUGAGCGGACGGUUGACCCCGCCACAGCUCUGCCAAUCAUGCAGGUGACAAUUGACAUUACCAGACAGCAGGUGGAGAAGAUCUUCGGUCUGGACGAGUACUGGUGUCAGUGUGUCGCCUGGAGCACCACCGGAACCCAGAAGAGCCAAAAGGCAUACAUCAGGAUUGCUUACCUGAGAAAGAACUUUGAGGAGGAGCCGCAGGGUAAAGAGGUAGCAUUGGACCAGGAGGUGUUACUCCGCUGCCAUCCCCCCGAGGGAGUGCCACAAGCUGAGGUCGAGUGGCAGAGAAACGAGGAUGUGAUCAACCCAGCGAGUGACCCCAAUUUUUUCAUCACACCUGACUACAAUCUUGUCAUCAAAAAAGCCCGGCUGGCGGACACGGGCAACUACACGUGUGUGGCCAAAAACAUUGUUGCUCGCCGCAAAAGCACCUCUGCCACGGUCCUAGUCUAUGUCAACGGCGGCUGGUCCACGUGGACCACCUGGUCGUCCUGCAGUGCUGUGUGUGGGCGUGGCUGGCAGAAGAGGAGUCGGAGCUGUACCAACCCCACGCCAUUGAAUGGAGGCACAUCCUGUGAGGGGCAGAACGUCCAGAAAAGUGCCUGUGUGGCCACCUGUCCAGUGGACGGAGGCUGGAGCCAGUGGAGCAAGUGGUCAGCGUGCGGUGCAGACUGUUCAAUGUGGAGGAGCAGGGAAUGCACCCAGCCCUCACCUGGCACCGGGGGCAAAGACUGCCAGGGACUCGACCUCCAGUCUCUCAACUGUACCAGCGAGCAGUGCCCACAGACCGUGAGCGGGGCCGAGGACGUGGCGCUCUACGUGGGCAUGGUGGCGGUGGCUCUGUGUCUGACACUGCUGCUCAUCGUGGUGGUCCUGGUCUACCGGCGCAAGAAGGAGGACUUGGAUGCUGACGUGGCAGACUCCUCCAUCCUCACCACUGGCUUUCAGCCCAUGGGCAUCAAGCCCAGUAAGCCAGGUGUGUGGGCACCGCGGCCACGCAGGCCUCCUCCCCACAGCAAGAAUUCCCAUUUGCUCACCAUCCAGCCUGAUCUAACCACCACCACCACCAGUUACCAAGGCACCCUACGUUCUCGCCACGAUACCGCAGGAAAGUUUUCAAUGACAAACGGGCCUCUGCUGGACCCGCUUCCCAAUGGCUCGCACACGCUGCACAACGGCAAACUUAACUCAGACCCUGCUGAGUAUGUGAGCAGGCUGUCCACUCAGAGCUACUUUAAAACUCUGCCCCGCGAUGUAGCUAACACCUCCUAUGGGACCUUCAACUUCCUGGGAGGCAGGCUGACGAUCCCCAGCACAGGAAUCAGUCUGCUCAUUCCUCCCGAGGCCAUCCCCAGAGGAAAGAUCUAUGAGAUUUAUCUCACUGUUCAGAGGAAGGAAGAUUUAAGGUUACCCCUGUCCGGCUGCCAGACCCUGCUCAGCCCCGUUGUGAGUUGUGGCCCUCCAGGAGUGGUCCUGAGCCGGCCAGUUAUCCUCAGCAUGGACCACUGCUCUGACGCAUGCCUUGAUAACUGGGCCGUCCGCCUCAAGAAGCAGAACUAUGAGGGCACUUGGGAGGACGUCCUGCUGAUGGGGGAGGAGCUAGUGUCGGAGCCCUAUUACUGCCAGCUCGAGGCCGAGACGUGCCGGCUUUUCUCGGAGCAGCUGGGCACCCUCGCCCUGGUGGGAGAGUCCCUGCACAUGGGCGCUGCCAAGCGCCUGAGGCUGGUGCUCUUCUCCGACGCAUACUGCUCCACGCUGGAGUACAACAUCAGGGUCUACUGCAUGGAUGACACACAAGACGUUUUCAAGGAGGUGAUGCAGAUGGAGCGGCAGCUCGGGGGUCGGCUGAUUGACGAGCCUCACGUCCUGCUUUUCAAAGACAGCUACCACAACCUGCGCCUGUCCAUCCACGACAUGCCUCAGGCGCACUGGAGGAGCAAGCUGCUAGCUGGCUACCAGGAGAUCCCGUUCUACCACAUCUGGAACGGUUCCCAGCGGUACCUGCACUGCACGUUCACUCUGGAGCGACUCAGCCUCAGCACCUGCGAGCUCACCUGCCAGCUGUGCGUGUGGCAGGUGGAGGGAGAAGGACAGAGCUUUAGCCUCGACUUUAACAUCGCCAAGGACACCCGAGCUGUGGACUCUGAGUUUCUGUUAAUGGACAGUAACGCUACAGCUCUGGCAGGACCCAGCGCCUUUCAGAUCCCGUACCUCAUCAGGCAGAAGAUAUGCAGCAGCCUGGAUGCCCCCUGUCCCAACGGAGCCGACUGGAGAAUGCUGGCACAAAGACUUAAACUAGAGAGACACAUGAGUUUCUUUGCAUCCAAAGCGAGCCCAACCUCUCUGAUCCUGGACCUGUGGGAGGCACAACAUUUCUACAGCGGAAACAUCAACCAGCUGGCCACGGUCAUGGCUGACAUUGGCAAACAAGAAGCCAUGAUAUUCCUGGUCUCUGAUGGCGAGUGCUAA